UUUUUUUUUUUUUUUUUUUUUUUUUGGUUGGUCUGUUUCGCUCAAAGGUCCCAAAUUGCAGAGCCUUUCAGAUAUUGACGCCUGAUUUAAUCCAAUCAUGAUCGGUGGCUUUUCAAACCCAACGGUCUGUUGCAAAUAAAGGAAAUGAGUUUCAAAUGUCUUACAGCAAGCGCCGCGUAGCCGCCGAAACUCCCGGGCUAGGCAUGGAUUUAUAUGAUUCGCUCACUAGCUUGGACGCAAUAACCCUCCUCCCUCCUUUUGUUCUUUUUGGCGUUCCUUUCAUACUUUUCUUACUUUCCAUCUCUGUCCUGUUUGAAGGACGCUGAGACAGAUUGCAACGAAUUUCAUUGCUGAAGAGUGAAUGGCAAUGGUUAAUUGGCCAAGAAUUAAGAUUGAAGGUCCUGAUACUAUUAAUAAAGGAUGCUUAUUGUCCUAAAGUCUCCCUGUAUUUACUUUAGGAUGAUCGUCGGUUGCCCAGCAUCCAAGGGCCGGCCGAGUAGCGCCCGGC